AUGAUCAUUCGAGCUAAAAUUGUCGACUACGAUGUAGGGCAGGUACUGAUAGACACCGGAAGUUCAGUAAAUGUAAUUUUUGCCGAUGCUUUCAGAGGCAUGGGAAUAGCAGAUAGCCAGGUUAUUCGGCAGAUAACACCCUUGCUUAGUUUCUCUGGGGACCUAGUCCAGCCAGUCGGCAGUGUAAGUCUGCCCAUCGCCUUCGGCGUUGCCCCUCGAAAAACAAUAACCUAUGACCAAUUUCUCAUCGUUGACUGCCCAACGACAUAUAACGUCAUAGUUGGACGAACAACACUCACCGAAAUCAAAGCGCACUUGUCCCCCCAUAUGUUGUUGAUGAAGUUCCCGACUUGCAAUGGCACUGGCGCUGUCCGAGGAGACCAACUCAGUGCACGGACGUGCUAUGCAACGACGUUGAAAUCAGUAGCCUCUAAACCUCCCAGGAAGGCCAUGUCUGUCCAAGGGGCAUCGAACGGUAAUAGACCCAUUGACGACCCAUGGGAAGAAAACCCAACGCCACAAACACAGCCUACGGAAGAGCUGGAAACGGUGGCGCUAAGCGAAGAGCAACCUAAUUGGUGCGUCAAAAUUGGCACCGCACUCACCCCACCUCUCCGAGCGCAAUUCAUCGAGUUCUUACGGCAUCAUUCGGAGUUGUUCGCAUGGUCUUAUGAUGACAUGCCAAACAUUUCCCCGGAGGUCAUUAGCCAUAAGGUCAGCAUCUCCCUCGCCUAUAAACCUGUAAGACAAAAGCACCGUUCGUAUGAUGCCGAACGGUACGAAGUCAUGCGAAAUGCGGUAUCAGGGAAGCUAAAAGUCAUCAUCGGCUUUAUCAGGGAAGCUACGUACCCUGUCUAG